AACAAAAGCAGAGAUGAGUCCCGAGCCGCCGAUUCUUACCGUUGAAACAAAUCUUUUUAGCUUAUAUUAAGAAGGGUACUUGUCUAAAGUAUCCAUCAGUCCAGAUCUCAUCCUGGAAAAGAAUGGAGCUUUCUAAAGCAGUGGCUCUAAUUCUACUCUCAUGGUUUCUUUUGCUUCACCAUUUUCAUCAUGCUUCAGCUGAAAGAUCCGUAUACAUUGUUCAUACGGACAAAUCCUCCAUGCCAAAGGCAUUUUCCAGUCACACUUAUUGGUACUCCUCCAUGCUUAAAUCACUAAAAUCAGUGGCUCAGACAUCAUUGGAGGGCCAAAAUUCUGAACCAAAGAUUAUCUACACUUAUGAUAAUGCAUUCCAUGGAUUCAGUGCAGUGAUGACUAAAGCUGAAUUGCAAGCUCUAAAGAAGUCACCAGGGUUCAUUUCCGCCUAUGCCGAUGAUGUCGUCACACCAGACACCACCCAUUCAUAUAAGUUCCUUUCUCUCAACACUGCGACAGGGUUGUGGCCAGCGUCUAACUAUGGAAAAGACGUGAUCAUUGGCGUUAUUGACACUGGAAUUUGGCCGGAAAGUCCUAGCUUCAGGGAUGAUGGAAUGACUGAAAUCCCUGCAAGGUGGAAGGGAAUUUGCCAAGAAGGGGAACAAUUCAAUUCGUCCUCGUGCAACAAGAAAAUCAUUGGAGCUAGAUACUUCAAUGAAGGGUUUCGAGCACAGCUUCCCGACUUAUCGAUAGGUGUGAACUCUGCUAGAGAUGUGGAUGGUCAUGGCACCCACGUUGCAUCAAUUGCUGCCGGAAACUUUGUAGAUGGUGUUUCGUUCUUCGGUUAUGCCCCUGGAACUGCAAGAGGAGUUGCUCCACGUGCUAGGCUGGCGGUGUAUAAGGUCCUGUGGAAUGGAGGCGUUAACUCUGAUAUACUCGCCGGCAUCGACCAGGCUGUGGCUGAUGGAGUCGAUAUAAUUUCGAUUUCUUUGGGUAUUCGUUCGAGUCUUCUAUAUGAGAACCCGCUUUCAAUUGCUAGCUUUGGUGCUAGGGAGAAAGGAAUCAUGGUCAGUCUCUCAGCUGGAAAUCGCGGGCCAAGUGUCAGGACUAUACGAUCAGGAAUCCCCUGGGCUGUGGUGGUAACAUCGGGUACAAUUGAUCGCUGGUUAGCCGGAACAUUGACUCUAGGAAAUGGGAAAGUCAUCACAGGAUGGACCACAUUUCCCGCGAGAGCCUCAGUCAGAAACUUGCCACUCGUUUACAAUGAGACCUUAUCUGAGUGCAGCUCAUCUGAAUUACUAUCAGGAGCCCCUGAGCAGAGUAUCAUUGUGUGCAAUCUAACCAUUGGAAAUACAGAUUUCUCUUCUGCAAUGAACAAUCUACCCGAGUCUAAUGUCCGAGCAGCUAUCCUCAUUGCUGAAGAACCCCCCAUCUUUCGGUCCAAUUUAUUUCCUUUCCCUGGAGUUGUAAUUACUCCGACAGAAGCACGAGAGGUGAUCAAUUAUGCAUCAAGAAGUUCUGCACCAAGAGCAACCAUUGAUUUUCAACAGACAAUUCUCGGGACAGAGCCGAGAGCGGCCCCAGCCUUAUCAGAUGACGCAUCAAGAGGCCCUGCACGAAGUUACGAUGGCAUCUUGAAGCCUGAUCUAAUGGCACCGGGAGUGUCAAUCUUAGCAGCCUAUUAUCCUCACGCUACUGGACCAAGAAUUGGUAAGAAUAUAUUCCUGUCCACGGACUAUACUCUCAUUUCAGGCACAUCCAUGGCUUGCCCUCACGUCUCCGGAACUGCUGCACUUCUGAAAGCUGCACACCCUGAAUGGAGCCCUGCCGCUAUUCAGUCCGCCAUGAUGACAACUGCUAAUCCUCUUGAUAAUACUAAUCAGCCCAUCAAGGAUAUGGCCUUUGAUUACACAGCCGCCACACCUUUAGGCAUUGGAUCAGGACUGGUUGAUCCGAACCGGGCACUUGAUCCAGGCCUCAUUUACGACGUGUCCCAUCAAGAUUUGGUAAAUCUUGUAUGCUCCAUGAAUUUCACUCGCGAGCAAACUCAAACCAUCAUAAGAUCAAGCCACAAUUGCUCAACUCCAUCUGCAGACCUAAAUUACCCAUCUUUCGUCGCUCUUUUUAGCUUUGCAGAAAGAGGAAGGACAUUGACCCGGAGAUUCCAGAGGACUGUGACGAACGUAGGGGAUGGUGCAGCCAGAUACAGAGUUAAGUUGGAAACACCAGAGAAUACCACGGUCAGAAUUCAGCCACAGACUCUGGUGUUUCAAAAGAAAUACGAGAAGAAGAGCUAUGUCUUAACCAUUCGUUAUAAAGCUGAUAUUGAGACUCAAAACAGAGAUGGUUCGCUGACUUGGAUUGAGGAAAAUGGCAAGUACAGAGUCAGAAGUCCCAUUAUGGUUUCUGCAGGGGCUGAUAAUUUCGACUAGUUUUUAUGCUAUUAGUCAGUACUAUAAAUGCUUGUCACUUGGUAUGUAUGACCAUAAAGACAUCCUUGUAUGUCUGGGCGGCUUAUGUUGCCAAAUAAACAAAGGGACAACCACCUUUCUUUAUUUUGGAUGACAUACCCAACUUAGAAUUUGAUGGGAACAGCCUUGAGAAGCACGGCCUUGAACUUUUCCUCCAUGCACGUUUCUUGAAUGAGCUCAAAAUCCUGGAACUACUUGUCUAUUUUAUUUAUAUAAACUUAUAUAUUUUGUC